AUGGCCGGCUUUCCUCCGCAUCAGCAACACCAACACCACAUCCAGCCCGAUGAAGGUUACUCGGAAGACCCUCUGAACCCCCAGGCCAAUUCCUCCUGCCUCAAAUCCCGCGACGCCUCUCCUUGCGCCCUGACUUCGUCACGCCAAGCCUCAGACAUCCCACCCUGGCUGAUUCAACACAUCUCGGGCCUCUCCAUGGAGAACAAGACAGAACUCGCCAUGGCGCUCCUCAACGACCUCCCCACGAGCGUCAUCUCCCAAAUCGUCGAAACACAACUAUACCCCCGACUGUACAUCGACUUUGUGCGCUAUCUUCCGGCCGAAAUAUGUCUAAAGAUCUUGGGCUAUCUCGACCCCCUCUCCCUCAUCAAUGUCGCCCGCGCCUGCCGAGUCUGGUACGAGCUUGCCAUGGAUAGGAAGCUAUGGCAGCAUCUGUACUACAUGGAGGGCUUCAAGGCUCUGAUGGACGAGAUUCACGCCGCCGAAGAAAAGAUGAACCAGACUCCCAUGCCCACCCCCAGCCAUCUCGAGCAAUACCGAUCCGAAGAAGACGGACAUGUCCACAAGAGGAGGGCCAUUGCCAAGGCAUCACCCCCCAUGUUGCCCGCUGAUGAGGAUACCAACAUGUCUCUGGGUGAUGAGCCUUCUGAUAUCGACAUGGCGGGCUCGAGUAUCUUUGGUGGUGGAGGUCCCGGGGUAUCCCGCUCGCAGACUAGCGAGCAUGGCGACGUCAACGGGAGAGGAAGUCGAGCGGACAAGGGAAAGGGACGAGCCAUGAGCCCGCCGCCGCAGCAGCACUCUGCCACCACGCGUUGCAGAGACACCAUGACUCACAAGAUCCCCAUCCUUCCCGGAGCGCUGCAAAAGACGACUAUGUGGUGGUGGGAUGCCAACGACCGCCGAUACAAGAUUGACUGGAAGUAUCUGUACACCAUGCGCCGGCGACUCGAGGCCAACUGGGAGCACGGCAAAUACAAAAACUUCCAGCUACCCCACCCGAACUAUCCCGACGAAGGCCACCGGGAAUGCAUCUACAGUAUCCAGUACAACCCCCAGUACCUCGUCAGCGGCAGCAGAGACCUUACCAUCAAGGUGUGGGAUAUGAAGACCAGACGUUGCUUGCGGACGCUCAAGGGUCACUGUCGCUCCGUUCUCUGUCUUCAGUUUGAUUCCAGCCCGGACGAGGACAUCAUUGUGUCUGGCAGCUCAGAUUCGGAUGUCAUCGUCUGGCGCUUUUCCACCGGAGAAAUUAUCGAGGUGCUCAAGCACGCACACCAGGAAUCCGUCCUCAACGUCAAGUUCGAUAAGCGCAUUCUGGUAACAUGCUCCAAGGACAAAUCCAUCAAGGUCUUCAACCGGAAGCCGCUUCGACAGGGGGACCUGGGCUAUCCCAUCGAUCCGGUCGGUACAACUGUCAACGUAGGCUACAACAUUCCCCCAAGUAUUGAGGAGACGCCAGUAAUAGCGCCGUGGACCAUGAUCGGUCACCUUAUCGGGCAUAGCGCAGCUGUCAAUGCGGUGCAGAUCCACGAAAGAGAGGUCGUGUCUGCUAGCGGUGACCGAUACAUCAAGGUAUGGGACUGGCCCACGCAGGAAGUCAAACGUACCAUAAUAGGACACCACAAGGGCAUAGCCUGUGUGCAGUACGAUGGCCGCCGUAUUGUUAGUGGUAGCAGCGACAACGAAGUCAAGAUCUUUGAUUGCCAGACAGGUCUGGAAGUGACCACUCUGAAGGGCCAUUCCGCGCUUGUGCGGACAGUGCAAGCCGGCUUCGGCGACCACCCGUAUAGCGCAGAGGAAGACUUGAUGAGGGCCAAGAGGGUCGACGAGGCUUAUUACAAGGCCGUGGAAGCGGGCGAGAUCGACGAAAACGACAAUCAGAGGGCACGCCACAAGACCAACGCCGGCUCUAGCAAACCGCAGGACAUUUGCGCGACCGGAGCCAAGCUACCACCCGGCGGCGGCGGUGGCAAGUUUGGCCGUAUCGUUAGUGGAAGUUACGACACCACCAUUAUCAUUUGGAGGAGGGAUUCGGAGGGUGUAUGGAAAACACAGCAUCACCUCCGACAUGAACAGGCUGCUGAAGCGGCUUCGAGGCGGGACGACGCCCCGCCCGAUCUGCCUGGCAGGAUUCCACUGCAUCCAACCAUGCGUUCGGGUUUGAGUGCAGCCAGCAUGCCCGCGCCUACACACCCUCACGCAGUUGCUGGCUCCUCGCGGACCGCAAGCGCUCCCCCUGGACCGGCGGCUGCAAGGCCGCCCGAGACAAUGGAUCCAGCUACCCUGCUUCAAUACGAGCAGAUGGUCCACGGCGCUGUCCAAAGCGGCCCAACUGCAUUUAGGAAUCUUCUUCAGGCUCGCCCUGAGAUCAUCUCUCUACGCCACAUGGUAGACCGAGCGAUCAACCGGCAGUCGGACCAGGAAAUACGAACUCAGUUGCGACACGCGUGGACUGGUGCUCAUAUUCACAAUCAGUGGAACCACAACCGAACUCGAAGUGAAUUAAUCCGCAACCAAGAAAAUGUCGUGGCUGCUAACGCUGCUGAUGAUGGUGGUGGCAACGGCGUCAUUGGAACUGGUACGACCACGGCAACGGCAACGGCAGCAGCAGCAGCACUGGUAGCAGGAGCAGCGGCAGGUCAACCUGUUGUUCCGCAAGUCUCGUUACCACAGGUGCCGGUUGCUCCCACGGAUGCUACCGCAGCGCCAGCAGCACAACAGCCUCCACUCCCGCCCACGGCAGGUGGGCGCCAUCAUCCGCACAUCCCCGCAGCACCGGCGGAGGAGAAUGCGCCGAGGGUGUUCAAGUUGCAGUACGAUGCCCGGAGGAUCAUCUGUUGUAGUCAAACCAGUUUUAUCGUCGGGUGGGAUUUUUGUAACGGCGAUAAGGAGUUGGAGGAGGCCAGUCAGUUCUUUGACACGGUGCAGUAA